AUGGACUUAGCUGGAGAAGCAGCAUCAUCAACAUAUUCUGUUGCAAGUCUGUUAGGUGAACGAACAAAACCGAACACAGACAAGGUUGAUGUCGCUUCUGUCGUGGAGAACGACAUUAAUUGGCAAAAGAUGUCAGCAGCUUUAGCUGUCCAACAGAAGCUACUCCUUAUGCAACAAGCCAUGUCACCUCUACGAUUACCAAUGCCUGCUAUGCCUUUAAUACCAACCAUGCCUUUUGGCAUAAGCCCAGCCAAUUUCGGUCAGGUUUCCAAUCCAAACAUACUCCAAGGACAAUUACGCCAAAUGCUUAGUAUAUUGAAUAUGCAACGGAUAUGCGAUAAUUUCGUUGUGGAUGAUAACACGAAGGCUACAUCUUCCUCAUCUCCAGAUAAUGGUUCAGCCACGGCCACCCCCACAGUCAUUGAGUCUAUGAUUAGUUGCAACAAGUGUAAUAAAGUUUUUGCUUCAUCAGCAGCUUUAGAGGUUCAUCAGCAGGUUCAUGCUUCAGAUAAGCAGUUCGAGUGUAACCAAUGUGGAAAAACGUUCAAAAGAUCGUCGACUCUGUCAACACAUCUUCUUAUUCAUUCUGAUACUAGGCCAUAUCCAUGUGAAUUUUGUGGAAAACGUUUUCAUCAAAAGAGUGAUAUGAAGAAGCAUACAUAUAUACAUACGGGAGAGAAGCCUCACAAGUGCACUGUUUGUGGAAAAGCCUUCAGUCAAUCAUCAAAUCUUAUAACUCAUACCCGUAAACAUACAGGUUUUAAGCCUUUUGCUUGUGAUGUUUGUGGUAGAACAUUCCAACGGAAAGUAGAUCGAAGAAGACAUCGGGAAACACACCAUCCCGGUCAACCAGAAGAAUUAGAUGCUUCGUCCAACAAGAAUUCGUUAUCAUUUGAAUUGGCUCAGCGCGGCUACAUGUCACCGACGGAAGAUUCUGCCAUUGAAACGGCCGAAGAUAUGCUCAGCUCCUUUAGACUUCCAACUCAGCUUUUCGAUUUACGGGUUGCCCUUUCAGCCAAAGAUGAUGAAUCUGAAGCUCUUAACUUAAGCCAAAAGUCCUGA